AUGAGCCUCUUGGUCGAUCACUCGGGGAAGCUGUUCACAAAGAAGAGGCCGACGAUGAAGGACAUCGUAGCUAACCAUGAGGUUAUCCUGGCGGUCAUCGAUGGGCUUGAUGGCAAAUCCAGAGCUAGCGCAUAUACGCUACGGGAUGGAAUACUGGCUUUCUUCACCAAACAUAAGUUGUUCCCUUCCGGAAUCUAUGCCGAGAUUCCGUCUGUGCAAGACUGGGCUUUGAGGAAUGGCCUGGCUUUGAAGAAGCUGGUUUCACGAUUCCGACGACCCCUGAGAAGAUCCACUGGGUCCAAGUACAAGAAGCUGGGAGAGAUCAAAGCACGUGCACGAGACCUUGGGUGGGGCGAAUCUGCAAAGGGAAAGACCUAUGGCAGUGAUGAUGACGAUGAUUCGCGCUCCUUGGUGGGCCCCCCGGCCGAUUUGGAGGAAUUGCAGGCCACGUCUUCGACUACAUCGCCUGGGAGCAGUGCAGAUCUUUCGGAUAUCUCUGCAGACUCGAAACUUGGUCGGGUAAUUGCGCAACUUCAGAAGUUCGUGAUUAAGACCCCUGUGGCUGAAUCGAAAUGCUGUGAUGUUGUGGAAGUGAGUUCGGAUGAUGAUUCUGCUACUGUUGCUUACACGCCCAAUGAACCUGAGUCCAAACCCAAGAGUGUGAAAGAUGUUUUAGCAGAAGCAAAACAACGUAGACUUCAAGGAGAACUCAUGAAACAAUCGAAACCAUGCACUUUGUCGAACCCAAAGGGUCCUUUGAAAGAUGCAAACUCUGAUGCUGGCACAGAAAAUCCAUAUGUUCUGCCAGACCAUGUUGCCUGGCACUGUAAACUAACAUUUAAUUUUUGGUGUUGUCUCAUUUCAUGUUUCCAUGAAUUGUUGCUGAAUCCAGUUCGGAACAAUCACAUGAUCGAAUUCACAACCUAUUCUAUCCAGACUUGUCUCCCAUAA